GCCUUCGGUGGGUAGCUUCGCCAAGUCCAUGUUUCCGUGUUGACUGGAACUAUCUUCGAAGCCGCCGGCAGAAACCAGCCUUGGAAAAUGACCACACGAAUCGUGGAUGGAGUCGUGUUUUCUCCGUAUCCCGACUUCGAUGUCCAGAACCAUUCUGCCACGUGGGUUAUUCGGGAGGGAUUGUGCAAGUUUGGAGAUAAAGUUGUUGCGAUUGACAAUGAACAACGAUUGACGGGAAACCAGCUUUUAAGAAGAAUACAGCGGUAUGCGUUGGGAUUCCAACGUAGCGGCAUAAGGCCCGGAAGUUACGUGUGUGCUCAUGUCUCUAACACUGUGGAGAAUGUGGCGGCGAUCCUGGGUGUGGUGUUCGUCGGUGCAACCGUCGUCAUGGCUAAACCUACUCUUGUCACAAGGGAGCUGCUUUAUCAAAUCAAAGACAGCGGGUGCCGCUACGUCCUCACGGACAAACACGGGGCAUCAAAAGUGUUGGAAGUGCGAAAAGAACAUCGUCUUGAGGAACUGUUCUGCAUAGGAGACCUGCCAGGUUUCACGGACAUCAGUCAGUUUCAGGAGCUUUCAGAAUCCUCGUUCGAGGAAUACUCUCCUAGCGACAACGCCGAAGACGUGAUUGCGGUUCUGUAUACGUCUGGCUCAACUGGACUUCCAAAAGGCGUCGAGGUUUCGCACAAGAGUUUCGUUGCUUCUUUUUGUUCCUUUGAUUCUCCUAAGCUGCUGACCGAAGACGACGUUUUUUUGGCAUGGAGUCCCAUCACCCACGUCUCUGGAUUUGCGCUGAACGUGUUCGUCAUGUGCAUUGGUUGCCAGGCCAUCUUCACAGAGCCCUACAUAUCGUUUCGGGAAUUCUUGAAGUAUCUUGAGACAUACAAUAUGUCCACUCUAUUCGGAUUCCCCACGAAGAUGCAAUCGAUAAUUGACGAAGCAAGGACUACAAAAGCAAGCGUGCCACGUGUGAAGACAAUCUUGCUUGCUGGAAGCUUGUCCCCGAGGUCGCUUGGCAAAGACCUGUGCGAGGUGUUCGGCGUCGAAACGCUGUCUAACAUCUACGCGCUCUCCGAAACAUUCGGAGUCGUUAGUGCGACGCCUCCCGGACACGUGACUACGGACAAUGUUGGUUUUCCGGUGGCUGGCUGCAAAGUGAAGAUUGUAGACCCCGUGAGCGGAAAAACGAUGGCGUCCUUCGAGCAUGGUGAGGUUUGGACCCAAUGCAGCAGUGUGAUGAAAGGCUACCAUGGGCGACCAGAAGCUACAGCCGACGUCCUCAUCGCCGAUGGAUGGUUCCGCACAGGGGACCUCGGUUACCACGACGAUGAGGGACGCCUGUACAUAGUCGACAGGUUGAAGCAGAUGAUAAAGUGUAUGGACAACCAGCUCGCUCCGGCAGAACUGGAAGAAAUCUUGUUGAGUCACGACGCGGUCAAGGAAGUAGCGGUAGUCGGGAUUCCCAGCGCCAAGUAUGGGGAGGCCCCGGCGGCUUGCGUCGUCCUCAAAGAGGAAUACAGAGAGAAGCACGAAGCCGUCGAGGAAGAUCUGAAGCAGCUCAUUGCAGGUCAGACAGCGGUGUACAAACAUCUGUAUGGUGGAGUUAUUUUCAUGGACUCUCUACCCAAAUCGGACAUUGGCAAGAUCUUGAGGCAAGCGCUCAAGUCGGAGGUUGAAGCGAGGCGUGCAUCUGAGAGCAGCGAAUAAUAAAAAAAAAAAAACCAAGUGGAGUUCGUUUUAGCAGCAAAGCGUUAGUCAUUUCCUGAAUAAACCGUUCCCGAUAUGUUCGUUGAAUACGG